AUGGCUCAUUCACGUUCACGAUCUCGGGGACGGUCCUGGCAGGGACCAACCCUAGCUGGUCUCUUUAUGUCGGUGGUGCUGUUUCCUGGGACAGUAUCUGCUAACUAUCGCCUCCCUUCUAUGCAAGCCCCCAUCUUACCGCCACAGAUACCGUUGGGGGAGGCAGAACCAUCAGACUCCCACGAGUUUUCACUUCGCCAUAUUUUCCAUCGAGGUUCCUCCGAGCAGCCUGACCUCCAUGCCCGAUUAGACGUUCGCCCCGAUACCCGCCUGUUGACUCUCUCCGAAGAUGGCAUCGAGGAGGUCAUUACGGCACACACCCCUUUGAUCGCUAGAUCCAGCCCUCUCACUAUACAUCGCAUGGCGGAUCGCCGUAUAUCAGUUAUUGAAGAACACCUUGCCACAGCACGGCUAUCAGGUUCGGUGGAGGCCAUGUCACCAUCGGAAUGGGUGAUGGACACCCUUCCCGGCCCAAACGUUACAGACAAGGAUACAGUUCUCACAUUUGCUAAGAUGACGGCAAAUGAUUAUAUUGAGGAACCAGGUACCGCGGACUGGGAGACCAUCCAUGGCAAAUUCAACUAUUCGCAAAGUUUUGGUUGGCAAACCGAUGGACUCAGAGGGCAUAUUUAUUCCGACAAAGCCAACAGCACAAUCGUCAUUUCCUUGAAGGGUACUUCUCCAGCCCUUUUUGAUGGUGCGGGUACCACGACAAAUGACAAGGAAAACGAUAAUCUGCUUUUCAGUUGCUGCUGCGGACAAGGAGGAUCAUACCUGUGGAGACAGGUUUGCGAUUGCCAGACUACGACUUAUACGGCCAAUUUAACUUGCAUCGUUGAGGCCAUGAACGAUGAGAAUCGAUAUUACAGAGCUGCCAUCGAUCUCUAUACCAAUGCGAGCGCGCUUUACCCUGGUGCAAACAUUUGGCUAACUGGCCACUCCCUGGGCGGUGCCCUGUCAAGUUUGCUUGGCCUUACAUUUGGAGUACCGGUUGUCACCUUUGAGGCUGUACCGGAAGCGCUGCCCGCAGCCCGAUUGGGUCUUCCAAGCCCUCCUGGCCAUGACUCACGGCUUCCGCAAACCCGACAGAACACGGGGGCUUUCCAUUUUGGACACACGGCAGAUCCGGUUUAUAUGGGCACCUGCAACGGCAUCAACUCGAUCUGCACAUGGGGUGGAUAUGCCAUGGAAUCCGCGUGCCACACCGGUCAGAUGUGUACUUACGACACGGUGGCCGAUAAGGGCUGGCGCGUGGGCAUUGGCACCCACAAGAUCAGGAAUGUGAUCUCUGAUGUUAUAGAAGUGUACGACGAUGUUCCACCAUGUGUUCCCGAGGAGGAGUGUUAUGACUGUGUACUGUGGAAGUUCUUCCGCAGCAAUGGCUCCGAGGUCACCACAACCACUUCAGCGACGACCACAUCGCCGACUCUUACCCGAACCGACACUUGUAAAACUCCAGGCUGGUGGGGCUGUCUGGAUGAGUCGACCACUACAACGACCACUUCGACCACCUCUACAUCCACCUCAACCUGCAAGACACCGGGUUGGUUCGGAUGCAACGACCCGACAACCACCACUACCACGAGCACCAUCACCAGCACAUCCACGUCUUCAAUCACUAACCCGAGUUCAACUUGCAAGACGCCCGGUUGGUUUGGUUGUAACGACCCGACAACUACGGCCACAGCCACCCCAGCGCCUACCAUGGUCACAACAAUCCCGACGGCAACUUCAACCAGCUGUCAUGAUCCAGGAUGGCUUGGAUGUAAUGACCCGUCAACGACCACUGAUUCAAGACCGGCAUAUUCAACAUGCACAACCCCAGGUCUGCUGUGGGGAUGCUGGGAUGAGCCAACAAGCACUCCCACCAUCACUUCUCCACCUACAUCGAUACCCACCACAUCGUCUCCCAAUCCCAAGACAUGCACUCACAAAUUCCUUGGAUUGAUCUGUCUGGAUUGA